AUGCCUCUUGGUGGUAAAGGUCCUACGACUAUUGCAGUACUUUCUGCAGAAGCUGUUCUUUCAGCAGCAUUCGUUGCCAUGCGAUUCUACACUCGUAAAGUUAUAAAAGGGGGCGUUGGGAGCGAUGAUUAUCUUCUCAUAAUGACUUGGUUCUUCCAAGCACUCUUCGUGGCCCUCAUGAUUGCCUCAUCGAUCUAUGGCUUCGGACAGCAUACGAAGGACAUCUCGUUAGAUGAUAUUCGAGUGGCUACCAAGAUCGAACUUAUCGGCCAAUUGGUAGUGUCACUUGCGAUGGGUCUUAGUAAGACUUCCGUGGCCAUGUUUCUGAUGCGCAUUAUUAUAACUGUUUGGCAUAGGGUAGUCCUCUGGUUUUGGAUCGUUACUAUGAUGACUUGGUCUUUGUUGUUAGCUAUUUCUUGCUUCGCCCAGUGCACCCCAGUAGAGUCAAUUUGGGAUGAGCGCAUCAAGACCAAAUCUUGCCCCUUGAAUCUAACCAAUAUCGCAUUUAUAAUGUGUUCUUGGUCUGCUGCGAUGGAUUUCUUCCUGGCUGCAUUUCCCUGGGCUAUCCUUUGGAAUCUUAACAUGCAGAGGAGAGAGAAAGUAACGAUCUGUGUAUCCCUUAGCUUAGGAAUAUUCGCAGGAGUUUGCGGCAUUAUCAGGACCUCAGGACUCGCAGUAUUAAGCCAGACAGCUGAUUACCUUUAUGCCACUGCCGACUCUGUCAUGUGGACGAGUAGUGAGUUAACCAUCACGAUUGUUUGCGUAUCCGCCCCGGUACUUCGACCACUUUGGAGGAAGCUUGUUGGCAGGACCAGCACAGAUCAAUCUUAUGGGAAUAGCGACAGAUCUAACGAGAUCAUGACCAUUGGAAGAAUAAGAAAAGCGAGAAAAACGGAUACGGAACUUGCUUUAGAUACCAUUCCUCGACCGGACAUCAAGAAUACGCGCACGACAGCAAUCGGUACAAAUAGGGGUAACUUGAAUACGGGUAGCCAACAGAGCAUCUUGCGGAACAGCCAGGCUAUCCAGAAGACGAAGGAAUUUACCAUCUCUUACGAGGAAUGA